AUGACGAACAUCCUUACAGCCUAUCGCUCCCCGUGGGCACAUGAAGGGCGGUAUGGUGGCUGGGGGCUGGGAGCUGCUGACAUGACCGCCCAGUUCAAAGAGAUGGAGCAGGAGAUGCAGUUUCAGGUACAUGCUGUGUAUCAGGACAGUUCAGGAAAUGUUGAGGAGCCUCUGGAUAUUGUAGUGUUAGUAGUUGACCAGAAUGACAACAAACCUGCUUUCACUCAAGACACCUUCCAAGGAGAAGUUGCUGAGGCCUCACCAAUAGGUUUUGAGGUGAUUCAGGUUGUGGCCACAGAUCUUGACCAGCCAAAUACUGACAGCUCAGAUAUCCGCUACAGUAUUAGAAGCCAGGAGCCAGCAUUGCCUAGUGACUCCCUGUUUGUCAUCAACCCAGUCACUGGAGUCAUCAGAGUUAAUGCUAGUGGGCUAGACAGAGAGAAAUACCCAAAUUACACUCUAGUGGUACAAGCAGCAGACAUGAUGGGAGAAGGGUUGACUGGAGAAGCAAAAGUGAUCCUUACUGUCACAGAUAGGAACGACAAUGCUCCGGCCUUCACUCAGCACUCUGUAAGUACAGUGUAA